AAAGCAAAAGCAAAAAGGUCUCAAACUAGUCGGACAACUAAAACCAAAAGAAGCUCCAUGUAUCUCUCGUCGUUAUAGAGCAAAAAGGGAGUGGGGGUAGCCAGCAGGUUCCAUGGGUCUGUAUAUCCUCGUAUUUUUUGGGGGCCACACGGCUCCGAGACGUCACUCGAGGAAGAAGCUGGCCUGCUCUCGCGAGAGUCCUAAGGCUCCUUUUCUCCACACUCCGCAUAACACAUUCCGGACGCGCCGUAUCAGUUUGCUUGAUCUGUACACGCGGUCGAGAGUAGAUUUCGAAAUGACGCGCGCUCGGUCGCUCCUGUGAGGGAACGAUCGGUUUUGCUCUCUAUAUAAACGCACGAGGGUUGAUACGGUUUGUGCUCGUGUGCAGGAAGAAGAUGAGCAUGUGCCAAGGGCGGAGCUGGCAUCUCGUCGUUGGCCUGACCGGUGCCGUUGCUUUGGGCGGUAUCUACAGGCGAAUAUGGUCCCGUUCGAGUCGUCUGGGUCCCAGGCACUUGAUCGUCCUGACAGGCUGCGAUUCGGGCCUGGGCUACAGUCUGGCCUGCCACUGUCUCUGCCAAGGCGCCAAAGUCGUCGCGGGCGUGCUCCAGGAGAAAAGCGAAGCCGCCGACAGUCUUGUAAAAUCCGGCGCCACGGUUCUGCCCCUCGAUCUGACCGACGAUUCGAGCGUCGAGCGCUUCGGCAGGGAAGUUGAAAAGAUUUCAAAGACAGAGGAUCGAGAAUUCCGAGCAUUGGUGAACAACGCGGGCGUCAUGAUAUUCGGCGAGUUCGAGUGGCAGCUUGCCGAUCAGGUUCGCUCCCAGCUGGAAGUCAACGUCCUAGGAACGAUGUCGCUAACGAAGCGUCUACUGCCCUGGAUCCGAGAGGGCAAAUCGAGAAUCAUCAACGUGACGAGCCACUGCGCUCUGGCACCUCUGCCCGGUCUCGCAGCCUACGGCGCCAGCAAAGCUGCCCUGCAAGCCUGGUCCAGCUCGCUCAGGCUCGAGCUGAGGAAGUACGGCGUCCAGGUCGUCAUGCUCAUACCUGGUUCCUUCGCGAAGGAGAGCAAUCUUCUGGCCAACCAGGAGAAGCACUUCGACGACAUGCGAGCUGGCAUGAGCGAGGAGGCGAGAACAUUCUACGGCGACUACUUCGAGAGAUACGCCCGGUACCUGGAAAGCUUGUCGGGCCCGAAGAAAGUCAGCAAGCUGGAGAACCCCAAGGUGUACGAGGUUUUCGAAGCCGCUCUACUGGACGACAGACCGGCGGCUGUUUACAAGUGCGAGCCUUGGCGUUACACGCUCUAUCACACGCUCUUCAGAAUCGCGCCGACCCGGCUGAGAGAUUGGCUCGUCGAGAGAUUCAUGCAGAUGCCGGCCUGGAACAGAUCGUGACUGUCGACGAUGUGACGAGAUGCUAAUGAGCUACUCUGUCGCUGACGGACGAUGUCUCAUCCAUCUGGAACUGACGACCCGGAGCGACCUGGAACAUGACGGAAUAUUGAUUUUUAUGACUUUUGGACGAUUGAUCUGAUGAUUAUGUGUAUUAUUGAAUAAUGAUUUUUAAAUUAAGGAACCGAAAGCGUAAUUUUUUCUUAUCGCAAUUUUCGUAACAGGCGAAUCUCUGACGGGUAAUCGACGAUCGUAGAUCUUGAUACCACAACGGAAUACGAAAAACAUUUGGGAUUUGCAUUCUGUUUGUCACGUCCAAGAUUGUAUAGGAGAGAAACGGGGAGAUAAGAUUCGACGAGGCGCAUAAUUCAGAGUAGACUUUCCUCGGCGACGUUUCUUACAUGUUAUACAGUCUUUUUUUUAUCUCAGAAAUAUAAGGCGUCCAUACAUAAUGGAGAAUCUGAUCAAGAAUGCUACUGUAUUUAUUAUUGUAUUUCUAUCUAGAAAUUAAUUCAAAUUUUUAUGAUACAAUAAAACUUUAAUAAAUACAACGCUUUUAACUAGAAAAAUGUACGAUUAUGUUAUUGUUUCCUAACCAGGUCACUCGCUUCGAAUUUCGCAUGAAAAAUUAUCUUCAUUUCACAAACUCAAAUAAACCGCCUCGGAGCCCGCAUCGCUUCUAAAGCUGAUCUGCGCAUGUGUGGCUGUCUCAGCCGCCCAAUAGGGUGUGACUAAUUUGCAUAAACGAGAUUAAAUGCUAUUUGCGCAGUGUGCACCGUUUUCCUGGAUAUUGUCAUAUUCAAUCGUGCAUACUAUUAGUUUUCGACCGUCUUCCAAAAGCGCAGAGUCGUUGUGCGAUUUCACUUUCUCUGCGGAACAAUACUUGUUUUCGCCGUUUAAAAGUUUUGGAAUUUAGUGUGGGAACGCAAGAGGCGUCGUAACGGUCGUUUUGCCAACAGUGUGUAACUUCAACGCUCUCCUCGCAGCACGUCUCAUCUGCAGCUACACAAAAAAGCAGCAAGUGACCCACAAUCGAGCCGGAAAUCGUCGUUGACAUAAGCCGAAAUCCCAAUAAGCCAGAGCUCGAUCGAGAGAUUUAUUUACGUCGCAAAGACGCGUGGCGGAGAAAUUUUUUCUCUCGCCGAGAGCCGGCGAUAACGGAAUGUAAUUGUUCUCGCGUGUAACAUCGCGAUCGAUAAGGGUAUCGGACUUUCAAUUGCACACACCUGGUGCGUCGCGCGAGACACGAGAGCCGAUCGCGCGCUAAAAAGGGGGGAAGAGAGAGAGAGAGAGAGAGAGAGAAAGGGAAAGA